GAAAGUUAUUGUCUGUUUCGCGUUUCAAUAACUUUUAAUUCUUAUCCAAUUACCAUGGGUGAACUAACAUGGUGCACAUUUUUUGAAUGCCGCAAAGUAAUGAAUAAGAAUGUCAAAUCACGUAAAUAUUAUGCUAGUCAGGAACUAAGUUUAAUG